GUCAUCUCCUUUAUCUGGUCGUAUAUGCUGGUUUCAUACUUCAUCCGUUCAAAGCUUCUUCGCGGACAAGUAUGAAACGGAAAUUCAAGUUCAAAAUCCUAACCAGAAAUACUCUCUGUCUCCUUCGCCAAAUCUCACAUAACGCUUCCUCUUCUUCUCUUCCUCUUCGAAAUUUUCACGCCCCAACGAACCCGAAUCUUCACUAUCAAGCCAAAGCUUUCGCAUUUCCUUCACUUUCUAUAACUGAAACAGCUCGGUUUAUUCAUUCGAUCCCGGGUGGUGAUCAGAUCAGGCAGUUUGACAGAGACCCAGAUAACCAAUCCGCUACAGAAGUUCAACAAAUCCUUGAGAACUUCAGAGCAAGUUCAGCACAGGAGAUUGAGCUAGCUCUCGAUCAGUGCGGGCUUGUACUAAGUGACGACUUAGUUUUAAAUGUGCUUCAUCAGAAUCAGUUUGAUUGGAAACUGGCUUUUGUGUUCUUCAAAUGGGUUUCUAAAGGAGGUUGUUAUUCACCCGGGUCCAUCGUUUAUAACGAGAUUCUUGACGUUCUUGGGAAAAUGCAAGUUUUUGACGAGUUGAUCGAAGUGCUCGACGAAAUGUCACGGAGAAAGGGACUUCUCGAUGAGAAGACUUUUGAGGUAUUGCUUAACCGAUAUGCAGCUGCACGUAAGGUGGAGGAAGCAAUUGAAGUUUAUAAAAGGAGAAAACAGUUUGGUAUUGAGAAUGAUUUGGUUGCGUUUCAGGCACUUCUGACAUGGCUAUGCAGAUAUAAGCUUGUGGAAGUUGCAGAAACUUUGUUUUGUUCCAAGCAGAAUGAGUUUCCUUCUGAUAUAAAGAUAAGGAAUAUCAUUCUCAAUGGUUGGUGUGUUUUGGGAAACGUGCGUGAGGCUAAGAGGUUUUGGAAGGAUAUUCUCUCGUCCGGAUGCAAGCCGGAUUUGUGGACCCAUGGGACAUUCAUAAAUGCACUCACCAAGAGGGGGAAAUUGGGCACUGCCAUGAAGCUGUUUCGAUCAAUGUUGGAUAAGGGUUACAACCCAGAUGUGGUGAUCUGCAAUUGUAUCAUCGAUGCGCUUUGUUUUAAGAAGAGGAUACCUGAAGCUUUGCAAGUUUUUAGGGAAAUGAGGGAGAGAGGUUGUUUACCAAAUGCUGCAACUUACAACUCGCUCAUCAAGCAUCUGUGCAAGAUUCGGAGAAUGGAUAAGGUCUAUGAGCUCUUACAUGAAAUGGAGCAGAAGAAAGGAUCUUGCUUGCCUAAUGAAAUAACUUACAGUUACUUGCUAAAGUCCUUGAAAAGACCAGGGGAAGUUCCUGAAGUUUUGGAGAGAAUGGAGAGAAAUGAAUGCAGUAUGACUGGUGAUAUCUACAAUUUGAUUCUGAAGUUGUACGUGGACUGGGAUCUUGAAGAAAAAGUAGGGUAUACAUGGGAUGAGAUGGAGAAAGCUGGUUUGGGACCUGACCGUCGGUCUUACACAAUCCUGAUUCAUUGGCUCCAUGAAAAGGGAAAGAUUGAGGAUGCUUUGUAUUAUUUUAAUGAGAUGAUAUCAAAAGGAAUGGUUCUGGAACCAAGGACCGAGAUUCUGGUGAAUGACAUGAAUACCAAGUUGAAAGAGAGAGAACAAGAGAAAAAGAUUCCAACAGAAGAAGACAAGUCAAGGAGAUCCUCCCAGUCCAAAAGAAAUAAACUGAGAAAUAGGUGAUGCUUAUUCUCGUCUUCUAAAGUGGGAUUUAGGAAACCGUUUCAAAUUCUUGAAGGUCGAAUAACUAUGAUUAAGGUUAGAUCUUAUGGUGCCAAAUGCUAUCUGUGUAUGCAUAGAAGCACAGAUAUUAACAACGUGCUGAUGUUGAUUCAUGCAUAUUUUGACAGUUUGAAACGGACAGAGUUGAAUUUUAUAACCAAAUCCAUAUUAUAGAAUUUUUUUUUUUAUCUAUUCCAAAGAGCUAUGGGAAAUCCCACAAGAUCAUAGUGACUACGUCUGUUCAAAUUAUGUAGCAGGUAAGUUUCUACAAUAAAAUAAUAGCCAAAUCUUCAGGAUGAGACCAAGAACACAGCUGAAGAAAAGAGGAGAAACAUCACAAUACAGUCAGAUAAUGGAAACAGAGACCGUUUUAUGGUAACUACAACGCAUGCUUAGUUGCUGAAAGUGUUGCCAUUCUCAGUUCAAUUAUCAAUCAGACAGAAGAACUAUUUACAGAUGCACUUUUUCCCCCUCAUCUGCAAGAGGAGUAGUCAUGCACAAAUGACAAACAAUAUGAUUCAAAUACAAUUGGCUGCAUUCAGUUUAGCAGCAUAUUGGUUUUUUUAGGCGCCUGAAAAGUAAUCUGCUUAUUUCGUUACCAAACAAUGCAGAGUUGGAAGUAUGUAUCUGUGCCAAGGAAACAACAGAAGGAUGAGCUGGUCUUUGAACAAUCCUCAUCGGACAAACACCUUGAAUUUGACGAAAACACAGAUCAAUCAAGUAAACCAAAAGCAUCACCGGAUUUCAAUGGUAAUUUUUACGACUUGAGAACCAAGAUGUCGAAAACGAAAAAUACCAGGGGAAAA